AUGGCAAAGAGCGCAAAAUGGCUGGCCGAGGUCGAGGAGGAAUUCGACUUCGGCUUGGACCUGGUGGACGAGUUUGAUGCACUACUUGUCAAUGUGACCAGCGAGGAAGAAAAGCUGGCUGCUCUUGGAAAAUUCCCAGCGAAACUUCACGCAAGAAAGGUCGCUGCCGAAUUGUCAUCUCAACAUGAGGUCUCCUCCGGCCUCAUCUAUCUCUCCGGAGAGCCCUCCUUGACCUACGAGGAUUCGGACCAAGCCCCUCCCUUCCGUCAACGUCGAUACUUCUACUACCUCAGCGGGGCCAACUUUGCCGACUGCGCGGUGACUUACGAUAUCAAGACGGACCACCUCGUUCUAUGGAUUCCCUACAUCGAGCCGCGCAAGGUCCUGUGGUAUGGCUUCACGCCCGGCCCCGAGGAGUGUCGCGCCAAGUCCGAUGUCGACGACGUCCGCUACAUUGACGGGAUGAAGGAGUACAUUGCCCAGCGCCUCCUCUACGGCUCUGCCGACACCCUCUACCUCCUCCACGCCAACCAUGCCCCACCCCUUUCCGCGGAUACCCGCCCCAAGGUCCGCAUCGAUGCCUCUUCCCUAAGGCCCUGCAUGGAUGCCGCCCGUGUCGUCAAAUCCGACUACGAGGUCGCCAUGAUCCGCAAGGCUAAUGCAGUCUCCUCCGCCGCACACCGCCGAGCCGCCGAGCUUCUGUCCACCUUCAAGAACGAGCGCGAGAUCGAAGCCGUCUUCCGUUCCACCUGCGCUCUCCGUGGCGCCAAGAACCAGGCAUACCCCGUCAUCGCUGGCUCGGGCGAGAACGCCGCCACACUACACUACGAGGAUAACGAUGAGGAUCUCAAGGGCCGGCAGCUCGUCGUCAUUGAUGCCGGCUGCGAGUGGGACUGCUAUGCGAGCGAUGUGACCCGCACACUCCCCAUCUCCGGACGCUUCUCGGACGAAGCUGCUGAGAUUUACACCCUCGUCGACAAAAUGCAGAGGGAAUGCAUCUCCGCCGUCCGGCCAGGCGUUCUGUACUACAAGCUUCACCUACACGCGGCUGCCGUUGCGCUCGUCGGCCUCAUGAGGUUGGGAAUCCUCGGUAACGGAACUGUCGGCCAAAUCUGGAGUGCUGGUACCAUCGCUGCCUUUUUCCCUCAUGGAUUGGGCCACCAUAUCGGUCUCGAGGUUCAUGAUGUUACCGGCAGGGACAGACUCUUGCUCCUUGAGGGCGGCGAGAGUGACGGCGACGCCAAGGAUACCUCUGCCACGGACGGUCGCCAGCGCCUAGAGAAGAACAUGAUUGUCACAAUCGAGCCUGGCAUCUACUUUUGCCGUGAGUACAUCGAGGGCUACGUCCUCAAGACGGAACCGCAUUGCCGCUACAUCAACAAAGAUAUGCUAGAAAAGUACUAUCCCGUCGGUGGCGUCCGCAUCGAGGACGACAUUUUAGUCACCGAAGACGGCUAUGAGAACCUUACCGAUGCUCCUAAAGGCGAGGAACUGUUUCGCAUCAUCAACGGAAAGGCGUAA